AUGGAUUGGAUUCACUGUAAUAAGUGUUUCGCGCAGUUAGAACCUGGCAUAACUUUACAUUUGACGUCAUGUGGUCAUAUGUUUUGCAACAAUUGCUUGGACAAUGGUGUCAAGGAAAGUACUUGUUUGGUUUGUCGUGCACCAUGUUCGAUAAUGAAGCUAGUUCCAGACAUGAAUUCAGAAAUACAAGAUUAUUUUACGGAACCAGAGGAAAUUAUAAAGAAAUCUUGUGAAGUUUUGCAAUUUCAAAGGCAGCAUAGACGGAGAUUGCUUUCUUAUUUACUGCAAUCGACUAAAAAGUUCUACGCGGCUCGAAUAGAGCUGAAGAGAGUGACGGAGCUGUGCCAAAAGCAGCAUUAUCAGUUGAAGGAACAGCAAAAGAAUAUAAAGACCUUACAAGCGCAGUUGGCUAACCAAUCCAAACAACAAUCGCCCUUCAACGUGCCAAUAUCUCCGAAUGAGCACAUCUCCCCGAGUUUCAUGCAAACAACGCCGUCGUACAAGAGAAUCGCUAAAAGCACACCUUACAGUACACAUCCGUAUCAUUCGAACCUGGUAACCCCGGCGCGUAUUAGUAAACAACGCUCAGGCAGCUUCAGUGCACAUAGUCAGAGGUCCAAUACGUCCAACAAGAUAUCUUCGACUGUGUUUACGCCGCCCACGCCGGACUCGGCAGGGUACACCAACUUUUUAAAGAAUCUCUAACGGUAUCAUGGAAGUAUGCAACGCCUGCGAUGUUUUUUGUGCAAUUGCGAAUUGUGGAUUUAUUGCCUUCAGUUAUCUUACAGGAUUGUGUGUCAUAUUUUUCUUAUACAAGAUGCACUUGUUUCUCUGUUGAAUAAUAAGUGCUAAUAUAAAUUUUCAUUACAUCGUAUAAUACAAUAUUUCUCUUACAAUUGAACAGUGAAGGCAUAGUAAAUGAGUUUG